GCGCACCGGGGGCGCGGACACGGAGCCGCAGCGCCCAGAGCGGCUCCCGCUUCUCCAGCCGGCCCAGUCCCGUCCCCGCGGCCCCCAGCAUGCGGUGGCUGCUCUGCGCGCUGCUGCUGCAGCUGCUGCGGCUGCAGCUCGGCCACAGCCGCUCCCCGGCCGCAGAGUUGUAUAGCCUGGAAAUAACCAACAAUGGCCCCAUCACAACAGGAGCUCAAGCUACUGUUCAGGCCAGGCUAAGAAUGAAGAACGAAAAUGUCACAUCCAACUGGUAUCACUUUAACUGGGUCUAUGCUCCUCUGAUUCUGAUAGAGAAAUCCGAGCAGCAGUUUAAUUCCAUAAUUAACGUGACUGGUGAAUUCCCUGGCACUUUCCCUGUGUCUGUCUGGGUGACUCACAAACACUGUUGGUUGUGUCGGCCGAUUGCAAGAAAUGUCACCGUGCUCCAGAUUACAGAAUUUAUCACAGGGAACCUUACCAUAGCCCAGAUAGAAGACAGCAGAGUUACCACACAUGGUUCUAGCCCCUCCACGGACACAGUGACCCGGAUUUCUUUCUCUCUUCAUGACCCAAGUCAUUACUUCAAGUCAGCAUCAUUUGUCUACAACUGGGAUUUUGGAGAUGGAGUUUACCAGAUUACCAAGGAACCCUUUGUCUACUGCAACUGCUCCUCCACGGGGAACCGCACAGUGCACCUGAAGGCUGUGGCUGAAUGGGAGCAGGUUGGGAGCAUCAUUCACGAAAGAGAAAUGAUGCAGAAAACUGGGGAUUUUACCACAGCUCUGGAGCUCUUGGAUGCUGUUAAAAGUAUUGACAUAGUGGGCUCCAGAGAGACUCGCGUAAUGGAAAACCUGAAUUUGUCUCUUCAUAUCAAUGGCACCCCACCACUGGCGUUAUGCUGGCUUAUAAAAUCCGAGUGCAUUCCACUUGAAGGUGACAAAUGCCAUCUGGUGGAGAUCAGUGGCUCCUGCUACAACCUCAGCCACACUUUCAGGGACGCGGGGCAGUAUUGCCUCAGUGUCAGGGUGGAGAGCGGCGUGACAAUGCUGCAGACGUACCACGGGAUCAAAGUGCGGCCAGCAGGAAUCCACCCAGCUUUUUUUGUCCUGCUCUGCACUGCUCUGGUUUCAGUGAUGCUGGUACUGGUGCUGUACACAACUUUUCGAAGUCACACACAACAAAAAUAUCUCGUGGAGGUAGCUGACUUUGACUUCUUUCCACGGGCUGAUGGACAUCGGUCUAAUCAUUCCAAGUCAGGCUGUGGCCCACAAUGUUGCAGAUCAUGUUUUCCUCAACCAUCAAAAGAAGCUGCCUGGGAGAGUCAUGAACUUCUACAUUCACUUUACAAGCCAGUCAAAAUGUACACACUGUGAAGAACACAACUGCACUUUGGUUGCACUAUCUAACUUUCUCACUUAGGCUAAGCCAAAAGCCUGGUGCUACAAGAAUGGUUUGGUUUUACCAAUGCAAUGAGGUUCACCACUUUAAGUCCAGCACUUGAGUACUUCAUUUUCUGAACUUAAAAAGAACAAGAAACACAGUAAAAGUAGCUUUGUAUUUUUAACUUAUAUGGGUGUGUACAUUUACAGCUGUAAAUGCAGCAUUUUAUUCUUAUGAAAGAUUGUUUUAUGUGCAGGUUUGCUAAAUUCACUACCUCUUGUAAUUUCUCUGUUCCUUCUGUUCUCUGUUCCAAAGAAGAAAAUGCCUAAGACAAACAUACCUCCUUUCCUAUGUACAACAACAUUACUGGAAAUGGAAGUCACCCAAAAUACUGUUGAAUGUGUAUUUCUUCUAUCAAGAAACUGAUGUGUCCAUGUUGAAAACAGAGGAGGUGUUUCCAAUGAA